AUGCACGCACACUCAGCACCACAGAGACGGGAACAGACCACCCAGGCUAGGAACUAUCCACAAAAGCUUCUUCUUCCCUCGCUCGCACUGUCUCUCUUCUCCCGAUCUCUCUCUCUUCCGAUCUCCCUCUUCCCUUCGCUGAUGAAGCUGUUGCGUCACCCACUCGCCCUGCUGCCCUCUGCGGCCUCUUCGACCACCGCCACCAGACACACCGUGCUCCGUCGACGACCCCGGUUCUUCUCCAGUAGUAGCAGCAGCAUCAGCGGCCCGGCGAGGCUCCUCUCUCUGAGCCUGCUCCUCCACGCCAGCAGAGCGGCACUUCCCACCUGUCCCGUCCCUGCCGCCGCGCUCCCGACGUGUCCGGCCGUGAGCUUACGCAGCUCUCCCAGAGCUUACUCCACCACCACCACCGCCACCACCACCACAGACACAAAUACCACCACCGCCAGCAUGCCCACCAGCCAGGAGAAGCAGGCCCAGCUGCGCGCUGCCCUCACGCCCAUCGUGCUCGAGGACCUGCGCCGGUUCUGGUUCCAGGACUUCCAGGACGAGGACUUUGUCGCGCCGCGCAUGGAGGCCGCCCUGCGGUGGUUCCAGCGCACCGACGAGUUCGACCAGGCUUGUCUCGCCCAGUUCGGCCAACCCAUCCACGCCAUCCGCGCCGCCCAGGCCACCGCCGACGACGUCCUCUCGGCCAUCGCGCCCCUCGACUCGGCCCUCGACUGGAUGAGCCUCGUCAUCCUCCUCGACCAGGUGCCGCGCAACCUCUACCGCGGCGCCGACUCGCGCGUCGCCUUCGACGUCUUCGACCCCAUCGCCCGCGAGGUCGCCCGCCGCGCCAUCGACCGGGGCGUCCCGCGGGCGGACCCGCGCGUGCGCUACCAGCCCGCCCGCCGCACCUGGUUCUACAUGCCCCUCAUGCACGCCGAGGACCUGGCCCUGCACGACCUCGCGCUCGCGCAGCACGACGCCAUGGCCGCCGAGGUGCGCGCGCUCAGGGACGGGGGCGACGACGACGAGAGGAGUAAGGGCAACCCGGACCUGAGGCGGUGCCGGGAGCUGCUCGUCGCCGGCGGCGAGGCCGUCGACGCGUACAUGGCCCGGUCGCGCGAGUUCGAGGUCAAGCACCGCGUCAUCAUCGAGCGGUUCGGCCGGUACCCGCACCGCAACGCGGCGCUGGGGCGGGACCCCACGCCCGAGGAGGAGGAGUAUCUUGCCAAUGGCGGUGACACGUUCUCAUAA